CCUCCUGCUAGUGCCGACAGGACGUGGAAAUGCUUGCCCUGUGGAGCCUCCUGCUGGGGGCUUCGGUGAGCUGCGCCUGCACCUCCGCCCUUUACGUUGGCGAUGACUGUGCUGUGAAGGAAAAAAUCCGGUUCGAGAAGCUGCUCUUCGGAUCCAUCAAGUUCACCGCCCACGCGGCCUCCAACGGAAGCGUCUUCACGGCCAAGGUGGCCUGCGACAGCGAGCACUGGUACCACGACACCUUCACCGUCACACACAGUUCCGUCACGCUCCACAGGUUCCACGCAUCCGGCGAGGAGAGCGUGACGUACCCUGCGCCCGAGGUGGAUGAAGGCUGGCUCGAGUUCCACAUCAAAUUCGGCAAAACCUACGAACUGGGUGAUGCUCGAGGCAGCUCAUGGAUCCCCGAAGGCUUUGGUUUGAAGUGCGACGUCGGAAGCAUCGACGUAAGCGAAGGGACGUUCAUGGCCUCCUGCCCUCAGGGAACCCCCAAGUGGGAGGUCGAGGGCGAGAGGUGCGCCCGCGUCCCCGUGCCUGCCUCUGAGGACGAGCGGAAGCUGGACUUGUCGCUGGCGUCGAGGUACUUCUUCAGUCCUGUGUUCUUCCUCGAGGAGGCACAGGUCCAGCUAGGGACGAGUGCAGGAGGAUCUGUGACGGCCUCUGGGGCCAGGCUAUCUCCGCUCCCGCCGUCGACGCAGCGGGUUGUGCUCUCCUUUGUGCCUGACGGAGGCAAUGUGUCUGUCAAGGUGUUGAUGGCAGGUGAGAUGUUGCAUAUGCUGACCCUGAGGAAAGACCCACGAGAAGUGAAGGUGUGUGGAAGAAGAUCGACGAAGUUUAUGCUGGUGCUGAACUUAGAGACUAAGCGAACAAAGAAAGAACCUGCAGGUCCUACCUUCAAGACGAAACAGAUGAUGGAGUAUGUUAUUGGCGGAAUGGGGGCGCUAGUGGUGAUGCUGGUUGCCUGCUUGGCGGUCUCUCUCUUUCGUCGAUCACAUGCUAACCAGCCGGACCCCAGCGUCGAGAGGGAGGAAGAUACAAGAACCCAUCAAGAGGGACUUCAAGAGUCUCCCUCCCCCCCGUGCCCUCCCCCUUCCCAACCACUGUCCGACAUUCCCCUUCCACCUGCUCACACGCCCCUGCCACGCCCUCAUCUUCUCCUGCCACCCCCUGCUGCGUCCCCGGAAGAAGGUCGAGAUACGCAAGGAAUCUAUUACGAGAUGCUGCCCGUGAUGCAUAUGGCGUUGCCACCGCGUUCGUAUGAUACUUCUGAAACGGAUCCGCAAUCACCUACUAAAGAACCAGAAACCGGAGCAGUCUGGAUUCACUCCUGGCAAGUUCCACAAAAGACCAUAUCCUAG